AUGCGGAAACGGAAACAUAGUUUGUAAGGUGUGGGUUUUCAAGCCGGGGACCCCGUGAAUUCGCUGUGUGAACCCCUUUCCGGUCUCUGAGAUCAACAUGGCACCAAAGAAGACCACAAAAAAGACAGAAAAGCCUGUCAAGAAGGAGGAGAAGGCAGCAGCGCCUGCUGCUGCUCCUGCAGCAAAAGAGUCUGCUGCGCCAGUAAAGGCAAAAGAUAAGGCUAAGCGAGCGAAAAAGAGGGUUCUUCAUGGACAACAUGAAAAACGGUCACGAAAAAUACGUACUUCUGUUCAUUUUCACAGACCUCGAACCCUGAGGCUGCCCAGGGCACCACGCUACCCAAGGAAAAGUGCUCCACGCGCCAACAAAUUGGAUGCUUUCCGGAUUGUCAAAUUUCCAUUGACAACUGAGUCUGCAAUGAAAAAGAUUGAAGACAACAACACCCUUGUCUUCAUUGUUGAUAAGCGUGCCAACAAAGCCCUGGUGAAACAGGCUGUCAAGAAGCUGUAUGACAUUGAGGUUGCAAAGGUCAACACACUCAUCAGGCCUGAUGGUGAAAAGAAGGCGUAUGUAAGGCUAAUGCCAGACUAUGAUGCCUUGGAUGUUGCUAACAAGAUUGGCAUUAUCUAAGCUGCUUUGUGAUGUUUGAAAUAAAAGUCUGGAAAAAAUA